AUGGCAGAAGAACCGCAGCUGCAAACGCUUCAGCAGCGGAUUGCAGCGCUAAACAAUGCGCAAGUUGGGAGGAAUCCGAGCGGAGCACCAGCAUCCCAGCCCUCACGGCCAGCGGUGACGAGAAAUAUCAAGACAGUCAGCAUUCCGCCGCAUCAAGUCAACGGUGCUGCUGCAUCUCUUCCAAAAAUUGGCAACGAGCCAGCAGGCCUUCGUCAGGACGGACUGUUGCCGCCGCCCACGAUCAGAAGGACUGGACAGAAACCAGACAAUAAUAAUAAUAGUGGUACUACUGCUAAAACCCCUCCGCUCCCCGCGCGGAAGUCCCCAGCGCUUCCCCCGCGCCGUCCGUCAUCACGUCGAGACUCUCUAGAGUCUACGGCAUCUGGCUUGUCGAUUUCGACCAUCGCUUCAACCGGCACGUCCAGGACCUCGUCGACUUUGGAAUCGGCCCCACGAACGGUCCGCGCGCCAGCAUGGGGUGAGACACAGUUACCACCUCUGCCUCCCAAAAGGAGUGAGUCGGAGGGACCAAAACCAGCUCUUCCAUCUCGACCCAGGCCUAGGUCUGCUGUGAGCGAACGCAGCUUGCCUCCGCGACCACCUCCACGACUGCCAUCCCGACAGCCAUCGAACGAUAAUGAACAACCGCCAGUCCCAAAACUACCGCCGCGCAGACCCAAUGUGAAUGGGUUCUCGAAAUCGGCGAAUGCUGCGGACGAGCAUGGCGUUAGACCACCACCUAGGAAUCUUCCUCCUCCGGCUCCAUCAUCGUCUGAGCUCGAUAAGAUCCGGCAAUCUUCUUUCGCCGGGCUAAACAAGCAGACUCAGGGACCAAAUAUACCCCCGAGACCCGGUUCCGUCUCCAAUGGCACCCCUCCACCAGUUCCAGAUCUUUCCAAGAUACAGGCGACAAAGCCUCGUCUUGGUUCGAACGGUGUAUAUACCUCGCAGAGUACAGGCUGUCUAAUAUGCCGCGACUACUCUGGGCCUGACACACGUGCCGCUCAAUAUCCUCGUCAUUCACUCCCGACGCAAGAUCUUGCAUGGCUGGCUAGGGAGCUGACGGCGCCAUUCCCUUCUGCCACCGACAAAGCGAGAGUGAUUUUCACCUGGCUUCACCACAACAUAGCAUACGAUGUAGAUGCUUUCUUCAAUGACCGCGUGAAGCCAUCCACCCCGGCAAAUACAUUGGCUACAGGACUGGCCGUCUGCGAGGGUUAUGCCGGUCUGUUCUCCACUCUUGCAACAUACGCAGGACUGGAAGCGAUCGUGGUUGGAGGUCAUGGCAAGGGCUUUGGUUUCCAGAACAUAGCCCCUGGAUCUGCUUUACCCCCAUUCAGAUCAAGUCAUGCAUGGAACGCUGUGAAGAUUGAUGGCGGCAAAUGGAAGCUUAUUGACCCAUGCUGGGGAGCUGGAGUAGUAAACGGCAGAAAUCAGCCGUAUACCCCGCUAUUCAACCCGUCCCAGUUUACCAUGUCGAAUGACGAAUUCGGCCUUCGCCAUUAUCCCGAGAAUAAAGAGCACUUCUUCCGCGACGAUGGCCGCAUUAUGAGCUGGGAGGAAUAUAUCUUCGGCAACGGAUUCCAACAGCCUCAUCUCUGGUCCGACACGGGCAAAAACCACAUCAACGAACAGUCGUUUCUACCCGCAACAAAGCAGAUAUCAAUCUACCAACCCGGUCCCCUCCGCUUCCAAUUCAACCUUCUCUGUCCACACUGGAGCGUCACACAACACAGCAAGCAGCCAGGCCCCUACGUUUUCGUCCUUAUGAUCCACGGAAUCGACGGCCGCGAAGACCAACAACUACCCUUCGAGCACGUCCGCGGCUCUAAUCCCAACGGAGGCGGAGAUGUCUGGUAUCUAGAUAUUCCUGACCCGCGAAUACUGGGUGCGCCAGGCCAAAAACUACAAAUUGCUUCUGUGACUAGUUUCGGAGACCUGCAGGAUGCGCAUGGAUUGACUGUUCAGGAAUUCCGAGAGAAGCAAGGUCGGGUUGGAAUGGCGUUUGCGUUUAUUGCGGAGUGGGAAUUGGUUGUUUAA